AUGUAUGCUGCAACUUGCAAGGUGCUUGAUUAUCUUAGUGGUCAUUCUCCAAAUGUAAGAACUCGGUCUGAAGUGGGUGAUGUGCUUUGUCAAGCCCUUCAGAAAAAAUUUGAAGACAUCUUAACUGUUAUGAGAUUUGUCCAUACUACAAAAAUCAUCAUUCAAGAAUUGAGAGAAGAUAGCUGGGAAGAAUUUCUUCAAGAGGUGAAUUGUUUUUGUUCAAAAAAUGAUAUACAUAUACCUGACUUUCAUAGCUCAUACAUGGUUGGUCAUUCUCAUGGUCGUGAGUAUCCUACCAUCAAACAUCAUUACCACUUCAAUAUUUUUAAUGCAGCCAUAGAUUUUCUAAUGAUGAAGUUAGAUACAAGAUUUAAUGAGACAUCAUUAGAACUCCUUUCUCUCGGUGUGGCAUUGGAUCCGAAAAAUUCUUUUGAAUCAUUUAACAUGGAUAAUAUUUGCAAGCUUGCAGAGAAAUUUUAUCCUCAAGAUUUUACACAGCAAGAUAUUUAUAAUUUGAAAGUUGAGUUGCAACAUUAUCGGCAUGAUGUGAUUUCUGAGCCUCGAUUUCAAGUAUCUACGCUUUUUGAUUUAUGUCAAGAAUUGGUUGCAAAUAGAAGAUCGGAGAGUUACAUCAAUUUGACUAAAUUGAUUCGUCUAGUAUUGACACUUCCUGUUUCAACGACUACCGUAGAGCGAGCAUUUUCUGCAAUGAAACGUGUGAAGAUGGAAAUUCGUAACAAAAUGGAAGAUGGUUUUCUUGCUGAUUAUGUGAAUGGAAAGAUGAAGCCAAAGGUGCCAGCAUGUGAAGGUGAACAAUGUGUUCCAUGGGAUUUGAUUGGUGUGCGCUGUCUGAUUGAGACGGUUUUGAGCCAAGUGAGGAUAUCCUCUGGGGGUUGUUGGGUGAAAUUGUGGAGUCAAGAAUCCGUUCGUCAAUAUGGGAAUUCAUAG